UGGGGAUGCUAUGAACGUGUUAACUUAUUGAAGCUUGUCUGCCUAUUUGUCUUGAACUGCGAACACGAUUCCUGUCUUACGACUCUCGUCUGUCGAGCCCGCCAUCUAAUACAUACCUUACGAGCUUUGUAUGCGGUAGAUUUCCAAAGUCUGGCUGUGAGAGACUCGGCCCUUGGAUCAACAUGGCAACUCAGCACAACUCCCUUCGCGACCGCCAAGUGGCUUCCAUCGAGAAGGUCCUAAACCUCAACCACGCCUCCCCCGAAAGCGCAGAUACACAACACGAUGCUACUCUCGCGAACGGACUCGUCACCAAAGCCACCCCUAUCCUAAAUGCUGAUGGCGAGCCUAUCUGGAAGGUCCUUGUCUUCGACAGCCUGGGGAGAGACAUGAUCAGUAGCGUCCUGCGCGUCUCGGACUUGCGCUCUUGGGGAGUCACAAUACACUUGCCUAUAAACUCGAAACGACACGCCAUUCCCGAUGUUCCUGCCCUCUAUCUUGUCGAGCCCACUCCUGAGAACCUGAACAUUAUAGCAUCCGAUCUAGCGAACGGCCUGUACUCGUCCGCUUAUGUCAACUUUCUCUCGUCAAUAUCAAGGCCUGUGUUGGAAGACUUCGCUGCCCAAAUUGCGUCAGGGGGAACAUCUGAAAGCAUAGAGCAAGUCUACGAUCAGUACUUGAACUUUGUCGUUAGCGAGCCCAACCUUUUUAGUCUGGGAAUGGGCAAGGAUGUCUACUACACCAUGAACAGCGCGCAAACCAGCGACGAGGAGAUUGACGCAAAGGUUGAUCGCAUUGUGAGCGGCUUGUUCAGCGUAGCAGUGACUAUGGGCUCAAUUCCGAUCAUCCGAUGCCCAAAAGGAGGUGCGGCAGAAAUGAUCGCUGCCAAGUUGGAUCGCAAACUGCGCGACCACAUCUUGAACGCCAAAGACAACCUCUUCUCCAAUGCCAAUGCUCGUGCCAACACCGCAGCUGCCACACCAGCUUCGCGCCCUAUCCUGAUCAUCGUCGACAGAAACCUCGAUCUUGUCCCAAUGCUUUCGCACUCCUGGACAUACCAAUCUCUGGUACACGAUGUACUCAAGAUGCACCUCAACCGUAUCACGGUCGAGCUACCAGGGGAUGAUUCGGAUGUGACCAAGCCUGCGAUGAAACGGUCAUACGAUCUCAACACAAACGAUUUCUUCUGGACCAGAAACGCAGGGGUACCGUUCCCACAGGUCGCCGAAGACAUCGAUACCGAGUUGACUCGAUACAAAGAGGACGCCAAUGAGAUCACAAAAAAGACAGGCGCUUCUUCAAUCGAGGACCUACAAAAUGACACGUCAACCUCAGCUCAGCAUCUCAAAGCAGCCAUCACUUUGCUGCCCGAGCUACGUGAGCGCAAGAACAUUCUCGACAUGCAUAUGAACAUUGCGACAGCGCUUCUCAAGGGCAUCAAAGAAAGACAAUUGGACAACUUUUUCCAGCUUGAGGAAGAUAUCAAAAAGCAGACCAAGGCACAAAUGCUCGAGCUGCUUACUGAUCCUGACAAGGGUAAAGAGCCCUUGGACAAGCUUCGAAUCUUCAUCAUCUGGUUCUUGAGCACGGAGCAGGAAGUAUCUCGCGCGGACAUGGAUAAGUUCGAAGAGGCUUUGCGCAGCACCGGAGUGGAUACGACACCUCUAACUUAUGUGAGACGCGUCCGAGAGAUCACGCGCAUGACCAUGAUCUCAUCUGCGCCUACUCAACCAGCACAGUCAUCAGCAUCUAACGACCUCUUUCGCGGCUUUAGCUCCUUGUCCAAAGGACUCACAGACAAGUUCAAGGAGGCUGGUAUCGGCUCGAAUUUUGAGAACUUGAUCUCUGGUGUCAAAAACUUCUUACCAGCCAACAAAGACCUCACACUGACCAAAAUCACGGAGUCGCUGAUGGACCCAUCCAACGCAAGUACAAGUGCACUGCAAAAAACAGAAGGAUAUCUAUACUUUGAUCCUCGUAGUGCCAACGCCAGAGGCACAAUGCCGCCGUCGGCAGCACAGUCCAGGAACCCUGGCAACAACAGUGUAACGAGGGGCAUUGAAGCAAGCUUCGGUCAACGGAGACAAGGUUACAGUGAGGCUAUUGUCUUCACGGUCGGCGGUGGCAGUAUGGACGAGUACGGUAACUUGCAAGACUGGGCUAACAGAACGAGCGGGCAAGGGGCAGCAGGCUCGGUAAGCAAAAAGCGUAUCGUGUACGGCAGCACGGAGCUUGUAAACGCGGAGGACUUUGUACUUGGAGAACUGACCAAGUUGGGCAACGAGAGCGCAUAGACAGCAUUGAUCAGAUGUACG